AUGAAGCAGCGAGACCAGAAAAUGGCAACUGGCGAGGAGAGGAGGAACCUCUUGUCCUUCUAUCUUCGCUGCACCAUCUUCAUGCAUGCAGACGUCGUGGACAAGUGGUUGAUGGCUCUAGGGUUCUCGGGCGCCAUCAUGAGCGGCAUCGCCACGCCUAUGGUUCUCUUCAUCACCAGCAACAUGAUGAAUAACCUCGGCACCGGCCCCUCACUUUCUCCUCGAUUCAUCGACCAGGUGAAUAAGAAUUCGCUCUACUUGGUGUACCUGUCACUUGGGGUCUUCGUGACGUCCUUCUUGGAAGGAUUUUGUUGGACGAGGACGGGUGACAGACAAGCAAUGCGGAUGCGGACGCGAUACUUGAAGGCAAUACUCAGGCAGGACGUGGAGUACUUCGAUCUCAACGCUACGUCCAUGUCAGAGGUCAUCACCAGCGUCUCCAGCGACAGCCUCAUCAUCCAAGACGUCAUCGGCGAGAAGGUGCCCAACUUCAUAAAUAAUAUGGCGUUGUUCGCUAGUAGCUACUUGGUAGGAUUCCUUAUGAUGUGGAGGCUGGCGCUGGUCGCCUUCCCCACGUUCUUACUUCUCGUCAUACCUGGGAUCAUGUACGCGAGGAUGUUCAUGGACCUGGCGAGGAAGAUCCGAGAUGAAUCGGUCGAAUUCGCGUAUCCUUCGAGGCCGGAAAACAUCAUCCUGAGAGCCUUUGAUCUGAAGGUUCCGGCUGGGAAAACUGUGGCUCUGGUGGGCGGCAGUGGAUCAGGGAAGUCGACCGUCAUUGCGUUAAUGGAGAGGUUCUACGAUCCACUAGGGGGUGAGAUUUUUCUGGACGGAGUGGAUAUUAGGAGCGUCAAACUCAAGUGGCUAAGGUCACAGAUAGGAUUGGUAAGCCAAGAGCCAGCUCUCUUUGCGACCUCCAUAAAGGAGAACUUGCUCUUUGGCAAGGAAGAAGCAACCAUGGAGGAGGUGGUGGCAGCUGCAACGGCCUCGAAUGCUCACAACUUCAUCUCUCAGCUGCCUCAGGGUUAUGACACACAGGUAGGAGAAAGUGGGGUUCAGAUGUCAGGAGGUCAGAAGCAGCGGAUAGCGAUCGCAAGGGCUGUGCUGAAGUCGCCCAGGAUUCUUCUGCUUGAUGAAGCCACAAGCGCGUUGGACUCGGAGUCGGAGCGAGUCGUCCAAGAAGCACUCGACCUGGCAUCCCUCGGUCGGACCACCAUCGUCGUCGCGCACCGCCUGUCCACUAUCAGGAACGCCGACGUGAUCGCCGUCGUGCAAGCCGGCCGAGUCGCGGAGCUUGGCUCCCACUACGACCUCAUCCGUGAUGAAGAUGGACUCUACUCAUCCCUCGUUCGCUUCCAACAGACGGCGGGAGCAGCGGGAAGCGAUGCGCCUAGCUCAUCCUCGUCAGCGUUGGUGGCCUUCCCUCAACCCGGUAGCAGCGAGAGCCACAGGUUAUCGUCGUGCAGCAGAUCCAGCUCCACUAGUUCUUCGCGCCACCAGGAGGUGCAAGAGGAGUCCGAGGCUGAUGCUCCUCCCCCGGUUCCAUCUCUGCGGAGGCUGUUGCUACUUAACUUACCUGAAUGGCGGCAGGCGGCGCUGGGAACCUUGGGAGCGAUGGCUUUCGGAGCGGUGCAGCCACUGUACGCCUUCUUGAUGGGAAGCAUGCUGUCGGUGUACUUCAUGAAUGAUCAUAACGAGAUCAGGUCAAACACGAGGAAAUACAGCAUCGUUUUCCUCGCCAUGUCGAUCUUUUCGUUCUUGGUCAACAUUCUACAGCACUACAACUUCGGGGCCAUGGGGGAGCACCUGACAAGGCGGGUGAGGCAGAGGAUGCUCACCCAGAUUCUUACAUUUGAAGUUGGGUGGUUCGAUCGAGACGAGAACUCUACUGGCGCCAUCUGCUCUCGACUCGCAAAUGAUGCCAAUGUGGUUCGAAUGCUGGUGGGUGAUCGGAUGUCUUUGAUCAUUCAGGCAGUCUCUGCAGCGACCAUAGCAUGCACGUUGGGUCUGGCCAUUGCAUGGAAGCUGGCCCUCAUCUUGAUCGCCAUCCAACCCCUGAUGAUAGCAAGCUUCUACUACCGUAUGGUUAUUAUUAGGAGCAUGUCCAAGAAGGCUAUCGAGUCGCAGUCGGAGAGCAGCAAGGUGGCUGCCGAAGCUGAUAUGAACGGGAGCAAAGUAAAGUUUGAGAACAACACUCUUUAG